GGCCCACUAAUUGGGUCGUCAUUACUUGUUAUUGAAGCGUCGCGCUCGCGGUAGUGCUGCAGUUUAGGUCGAGCUGAUCACGCGGGGCAUUUCACAGACGUGCAUCUACAUUUACAUCUACUUGAGUAUAGCUUGCAUCAAUCAGAUCUAAGCCCGGUGCUGAAAAUGUCUCAAACCAUGAACAAGAGCGUCGGUGCUUCCCGCAGCGCAGUCCUUCGCCGCAACGCGUUCAAGCCCAUUGCUGUGGGCAUGUCGCGUGCUCCUGCAGUGGUCUCCAACGCGCAGCCCGCGUCGGCAGGCAUCGUGGAGCCGCUCAUGGUCCGCGCUGCUCGUGGCGAGAAGGUUGAGCGCGCGCCUUGCUGGAUGAUGCGCCAGGCUGGCCGCUACCAGAAGUCAUACCGCGAGCUCGCGAAGAAGCACCCUUCCUUCCGCGAGCGCUCGGAGACCACGGAGCUGAUCGUGGAGAUCAGUCUGCAGCCCUGGAACUCCUUCAAGCCCGAUGGAGUCAUCCUGUUCAGCGACAUCCUCACGCCGCUGCCGGGCAUCGGCGUGAACUUCGAUAUCGAUGACAACAAGGGACCCAUAAUCGAUACGCCAAUCCGCACUCUGGAGCAGGUCAAGCAGCUGCACGCCAUGGACUUCAGCAAGGUCGACUUCGUGGGCCGCGCUCUGACUCAGCUGCGCUCCGAGGUGAACAACCAGGCGGCGGUGCUGGGCUUCGUGGGCUCGCCCUGGACGCUGGCCACCUACCUGAUUGAGGGCGGCUCCACCAGCCUGUAUAAGACCAUCAAGACCAUGUGCUUCUCCGCGCCCGAGGUGCUGGAUGCACUGCUGAGCAAGCUGGCCGACGCCAUGGCCGAGUACAUCAAGUACCAGAUCCGCGCCGGCGCGCAGUGCGUACAGAUCUUCGAUUCCUGGGGUGGGCAGCUGCCGCCGCGCGAGUGGGAGAAGUGGUCGGGCCCCUACCUGAAGCGCAUCAUCGCCAGCGUGAAGGCCGAGUACCCCACCGUGCCGCUCACGCUGUACGCGAACGGCAGUGGUGGCCUGCUGGAGCGCCUGGCCACCACCGGCGCCGACGUGAUCGGCGUGGAUUGGACCACCGACAUGGCGGACGCGCGCCGCCGGAUACCGAGCACCCAGUCGGUGCAGGGCAACGUGGACCCCGCCAUCCUGUUCGCCUCGCACGGCAUCCUUACUGGGCGUAAUGGAUAAUGGGGAAACCUCAUGUGAAGACACGAAGCUGCGACGAAGCCGCGGAUGGGACAACGCGCCCCAUGGACUGGACUGCGAUGCUUUGGGGUCAGCCGGAACUGCUGUGGGGUUAGCCUGAAGUACCGGU